AUGACCGGAGCCGAUCUAGCGCUGCAGGGCCACAGGGCUGGCGGCGGGCCCAGAGCGGCCCUGCGGGGACACGGGGCUCAGCGGCUCGGGGAUCUCCCGGGCGCGGGGCGGCUGAGGGGUCCUGCGGGGACACAGGGCUCAGCGGCUUGGGGAUCUGCGGGGCGGGGGGCCCAGGGGCCCGGCGGGGACACGGGGCUCAGCGGCCAGGGGAUCUCGCGGGCACGGGGCGGCGGCCCAGGGGCCUGGCGGGGACACGGGGCUCAGCGGCUCGGGGAUCUGCGGGGCGGGGGGCCCAGGGGCCCGGCGGGGACACGGGGCUCAGCGGCUCGGGGAUCUGCGGGGCGGGGGGCCCAGGGGCCCGGCGGGGACACGGGGCUCAGCGGCUCGGGGAUCUGCGGGGCGGGGGCCCAGAGGCCCGGCGGGGACACGGGGCUCAGCGGCUCGGGGAUCUGCGGGGCGGGGGCCCAGGGGCCCGGCGGGGACACGGGGCUCAGCGGCUCUGGGGGCCCAGGGGCCCGGCAGGGACAUGGGGCUCAGCGGCUCGGGGAUCUGCGGGGCGAGGGCCCAGGGGCCCGGCGGGGACACGGGGACCUGCGGGGCGGGGGGCCCAGGGGCCCGGCGGGGACACGGGGCUCGGAGAUCUGCGGGGCGGGGGGCCCAGGCAGGGACACGGGGAUCUGCGGGGCAGGGGCCCAGGGGCCCGGCGGGGACAGGGGAUCUGCGGGGCGGGGGCCCAGGGGCCCGGCGGGGACAGGGGGCUCGGGGAUCUGCGGGGCGGGGGGCCCAGGGGCCCGGCGGGGACACGGGGAUCUGCGGGGCGGGGGCCCAGGGCCCGGCGGGGACACGGGGAUCUGCGGGGCGGGGGCCCAGGGGCCCGGCGGGGACACGGGGAUCUGCGGGGCGGGGGGCCCAGGGGAUCUGCGGGGCGGGGGGCCCAGGGGCCCGGCGGGUCACGGGGCUCGGGGAUCUGCGGGGCGGGGGGCCCAGGGCCCGGCGGGGACACGGGGCUCGGGGAUCUGCGGGGCGGGGGGCCCAGGGGAUCUGCGGGGGCGGGGGCCCAGGGGCCCGGCGGGGACACGGGGCUCGGGGAUCUGCGGGGCGGGGGGCCCAGGGGCCCGGCGGGGACACGGGGCUCGGGGAUCUGCGGGGCGGGGGGCCCAGGGGCCCGGCGGGGACACGGGGCUCGGGGAUCUGCGGGGCGGGGGCCCAGGGCCCGGCGGGGACACGGGGCUCAGCGGCUCGGGGAUCUGCGGGGCGGGGGGCCCAGGGCCCGGCGGGGACACGGGGCUCGGGGAUCUGCGGGGCGGGGGGCCCAGGGGCCCGGCGGGGACAGGGGAUCUGCGGGGCGGGGGCCCAGGGCCCGGCGGGGACACGGGGCUCGGGGAUCUGCGGGGCGGGGGCCCAGGGCCCGGCGGGGACACGGGGCUCGGGGAUCUGCGGGGCGGGGGGCCCAGGGGCCCGGCGGGGACACGGGGCUCGGGGAUCUGCGGGGCGGGGGGCCCAGGGGCCCGGCGGGGACACGGGGCUCGGGGAUCUGCGGGGCGGGGGCCCAGGAGCCCGGCGGGGACACGGGGCUCGGGGAUCUGCGGGGCGGGGGCCCAGGGGCCCGGCGGGGACACGGGGCUCAGCGGCUCGGGGAUCUGCGGGGCGGGGGGCCCAGGGGCCCGGCGGGGACACGGGGCUCGGGGAUCUGCGGGGCGGGGGGCCCAGGGGCCCGGCGGGGACAGGGGAUCUGCGGGGCGGGGGCCCAGGGGCCCGGCGGGGACACGGGGCUCGGGGAUCUGCGGGGCGGGGGCCCAGGGGCCCGGCGGGGACACGGGGCUCGGGGAUCUGCGGGGCGGGGGGCCCAGGGGCCCGGCGGGGACACGGGGCCCGGGGGAUCUGCGGGGCGGGGGGCCCAGGGGCCCGGCGGGGACACGGGGCUCGGGGAUCUGCGGGGCGGGGGGCCCAGGGGCCCGGCGGGUAUUUACAGCCCGGGGCGCCCCAGCGGCCCUUCUGGCCGCGCAUCUCUAUGGCCACUGCCCCUCCGAGCGGCCCCUGCACCGGCCGCGCCAGCCCCCAGGCCCGCCCCCGCCCCCAGGCCCGGCCCCGCGGCCCCCAGCCUGGGCUGGUCCCGGGCCCCGCGGGGCCCCUCGAGCCCCCGACCCAAGGGCGCUCUAGCCGCCGACCCCUUCCUCUCUAUGGCCCUGGGGCCCCGUCCUCCCAGCUCCCGAGCCCCAGGCCCACGCGGCCCCUCUAGCCCCCUCCCCCAUCUCUAUGCCCCGGCGGG